AUGUUGGCACUAGAUCUAUCAUUGGCUGCUGUGACAUUCAUGAUUAUACCUACAGUAAUUGUUCUAAUUCAAACUACUUAUCUAGUGAAAGGAAAUGCCAUUUUUGUUGUCUCACCUCAAGCAGUCAAUGCAAGUCUUGACUCCACUGCUGUAUUUCAUUGUGCAUGCCAUGACUGUAUAGCGCAGUUUUGGACGGUUAAUGAUAAUUUUGCUGACCAAAAUGGCAUAUCCCACACUGGAUCUGAUAUAUUAUCCAACGGAACCAAGUUAUAUACUAUGUCUAUACAAACAUCAGUAGAAUUUAAUGGAUCUGCCAUACAAUGUGUUAUAUUUUGCUGCGAAACAAACCCUCUACUUAGAAGUUCAGUUGUAAAACUCUUAGUACAAGGUUUGUUGUCUGAAGUUUCCCAUGCUUCAGUAACACAGAUUAACAGUACAGUCCUGUCAUUACAGUAUACAGCUCCAUAUACACUAUCAGGAGUACCAAUAUUACAUUAUAAUAUACUAAUAUUACCAACCAACACAUCAGUUAACAUUACUGAUACACAAUACAAUAUACAUAUCAAUGAUCACUGUAUUAGUUACAACAUCAGUAUAACACCAUGGAAUAUUGUUGGUGCUGGUAAUAUCAGUACACUCUCAGAUAUCAUCUUAUAUCAAGCUCCUAAUGUUACAAUGCCACUGCUUAUAGAAGAAUAUAAUAAUGGAACAUUGCAAGUUUAUAUUGAAUUUCAGUACAAUAUGUCAUGUAAAGGUACAGCACCUCAAUCUGUUUCAUUAGCUAUAAAUGAAAGCAAAGAGUAUCAUUGUUCGUUGGUAGCUCCUGUUGCUAAUAACUGUACUGUUACUACUGAAGAUACAGAUAAUGUUAAUGUUACUAUUAAUAUAACAAAUGCUUUAGAAUGCAGUGCCAUUUAUGGUAUCAGUAUGUCCAUUAAUAAUACUAAAACUACUAAGUUUACUUUCAAUAUAAGUACAUAUCAUGUCAUUACAGCUGCUAUAUUAUCAGUCAAUGAUACGACAGUUUGCCUUGAGUGUCAGUUUAAACAAAACUCCCCAUCGACUGGUUGCUAUGCUGUAUUUUACCCUAUCAAUGCAACAGGAGAAAUAUAUCACAAGAUAGUGAAAUCCCUACAUGAUACAAUAGUUAGUGAUUGUAUCAGUACUCUACCUAAUGGAGUAUACACAUCAGUAAUAAACCCAAUGAUAAAAGAAUACAACACAACACUAAAUGAAGCAAAUGACACCAUUGGUAGUGUGACUCAUCCUAAUAUAGCUUAUGAGACUAUAAAGGCAACAGGAAGAGGAACUACUGCUGGAGGGAUACAAGCUAAUGUUGCAUAUGAGAAUAUCAUUAGAGGCAAUUCAGUAUAUGAUAUAGUGCAAGAGGCUCCUACUGAACCAACUGAAAGAAU